AUGGUUUCUCAUUUAUUCUUUGCAGGUGACAACAUUAUGUUUCUUGAAGCAACAAAAGAGGAGUGUGAGUGUCUGAAACAAAUUUCGCGGGUUUAUUCUAAGGCUACUGGGCAGGUUGUCAACUACAACAAGUUGGAACCUUGUUUUGGGAGCAAGAUGGACCCCCAAACUCAUGCUUCCCUUACUGAAAUUUUUGAAGUCAAAACCACAGAUCACUUUGAGAAAUACCUUGGUAUGCCUUGCUUCAUUGGGCGUAAGAAGAAGGAUAUCUUCAAACACACCAAGGAUCGUAUUUGGAAAAAGCUCAAAGGCUAG